GGCGACAUCACCGCCUGCUGCUCUCGAGCUAGGUUCCCGUCGAUUCGAUUUUUCGAGAGAACUUACCGAAGCGGAAGUCGAAGACCCACGACUUCUGUCCCGUCCACAAUGAUGUCCUCAACGCCGGUCUGCGCUGUGAAGUCUCCUCGGAAAGGCGUGAGAGAUUUGCGGCUGCGUGGCAUCCCGGCGCAUAUCGCGGACGCUCUCAGCAAGCUCGAAAGUUCAGUGGGGUCCUCGGACAACUCCGACGUCAAGCCCGACACUUCACCCGCGGACACGACAUUCACGACGAGGAUAUAUUCUCUUACGACAAGACUCUUGGAAUUCGUGAAAGAUGCCCAGCAGACGAAGGAAGAUAACGGAAUCUUACGCAAAAAUCUCCAGGAAGUGAAACAGAAGUCCGAGGAGAAAGAAGAUACUCACCUCAGAGAAAUCACCAAAAUUAAAAUCAAGCUCGACGAAAGCAACAACCAGAUCGGGGAUCUUCACAACGAUUUGGAGCUAUCGAACGCCACUAUCGAAAACUUGCGAGAACGAGUCAUUGAGCAUGAGAAAGAUAAGUUGAGUCUUCAACGGAAAUCUCAGAACUUCGAAGAUCAGUGCCGCAGCCUUGCAAAUAAUCUUCAGAAGAUCCUCCUUGAAAAGAAAGAGAUCAAAGAAAGCAGGGACAUCAUGGAGGUCGAAUUGGCGUCCGAGCGGAAUCGCAACAACCACCUCGCAAAUGAGCUCCAACAAGCCCUCCAGCAGAUCGAACGUUCCAAGACCCAUAACAACGAAACGACAGGAUUCGCGGUGCCGCAAGAAUGUUUAUCAUGCGUCAAGAGGCGCAGCCUGGAGGAGCAGUUCAAGCAGAAGAUCCAGUGUUUAGAGACCGAGCUGGAGACAAGCAGGAAGGAUGCCUUGGAGAGCGAGAAGAAACUCCAAGCUCUGGCCGAGGAGCUCCGUAAACGCGUCUUGGAAGAAAAAGUUAGAGCACAAAAACUCGCUCGGAGGAAUUCUCAGCUCGCGGCGGAGAGACUGAACGCGAAUCAACAACUGAAUGCCUUCGAGGAGGUAUUGAACAAGGCUCAUUCCAAGACUUUCCACGGGGACGUUCAAGAUGAAUCGCAUCUCAACGACGCUGUUUUGAUUGGGGAUGAGACGAUGAGUCGCGAGAUGGCAAUUCUGCGCAGACUCGGUGUUUUCCCAGAAGGUGACGCAACUUUCAACGGUAUCACGCAACAGAAUCGUGAUACGUUGGGCGAGUGUCCAACGAUGUAGAGCUCCUUUGGACGUCCUCGUCGACUCGGAGCACGAUUCCACGCCCAUAGAGCUGAAAAUCGACAGCUGCCCACUCGACACUUCGUAAAAGAAUCGCAGUCAACAUAACGAUAGAGUCGAGCAUCGUCGGAUCCUGGAGAAGCCCCACUGUUCUCUCUCCUCACAUGUGACUAAGUUUUAAAUGAAUGAUAUGAUGUAUUCUACGAGUUACAAUUCAGUAUAAAUGAAAAUGACUCAAAAUGACCCGUGAAACAGGCUCGAUGAGAAAAUAUUUUUAUUGUAAAAAAUCCCGAGAUUCCUGAUGAGAUACGGAUUAAUAGUAUCCUUCUUUUCGACGGUUAUUGUAUUCGGGCCGAUAAACUUGACCUCCCCGA